UUGCCAUCUUUAGCCUAGAGUCGUCUCGCCCGCGGCCUACCUCCUCAUCCGCUCGCCGCGCCGCAACCCCGGAGGGCGGAGGAGACUGCGCUCAGUCGAGCACCACCUGGGGCCCAGCAUCCUCGCGACCAUCUCCGGCACGACGUCCGCCCUCUGCAGCCCCGGUGUCCCUGCGACCGUCGCUGCUGUCCUACUUCGCCACUGGCCACCUUGCCCCGCGACGAGGACCACCAGAACACUAGGUCAGUACUUUUGCAGCUAAAGGGAUAAUUCACAUUUGUUGCUAUCAAGUUGUUUGAAAGUUUUAUAUGAUUCAGAGAAAAACAGAUAUUCUUCAGCUAGUGGAUCUGCUCAUUGAUGGAAGGCGACCAGAUUUUGGUUCAGGCAGAGCAGAACCUUAUACCAGGUGCACAAACUCUUGUCAUUGGUCAAGAGUUUGCAGAUGUUGACACAUGUCGGAAGGCUAUCAAGGACAUGGCCAUUGCUUUGCACUAUGAGCUCCGUGUGGUGAAAUCCGAUCGUAGCCGUUUCAUCGCAAAGUGCUCAAAAGAAGGUUGCCCUUGGCGUGUGCACAUCGCCAAGUGCCCCGGUGUUCCAACUUUCACUGUCCGGACUUUGCACGGAGAGCACAAAUGUGAGGGUGUUCUGAACCUUCAUCAUCAGCAGGCUACUGUUGGUUGGGUUGCUAGGUCUGUGGAGGCAAGGCUCAGGGAUAACCCACAGAUUAAGCCAAAGGAGAUACUGCAGGAUAUUCGGGAGCAGCAUGGGGUUGCUGUUUCUUAUAUGCAGGCAUGGCGUGGAAAGGAGAGAAGUAUGGCUGCAGUUAAUGGUACUCUUGAGGAGGGAUACCACUUUCUUCCUGCAUAUUGUGGGCAGAUUGUUAAGACGAAUCCUGGUAGUGUUGCAACAUAUAGAGGUAUUGGACCAGGGAAUGCCUUCCAGCGAUUGUUUGUCUCGUUUCGUGCAUCCAUUUAUGGUUUCUUAAAUGGGUGCAGGCCCCUUCUAGAAAUUGACAAGGCUGACUUGAAGGGAAAGUAUCUUGGGACAUUGCUAUGUGCAUCAGCUAUUGAUGCUGAUCACAUGAUGUUCCCUCUAGCAUUUGGUAUUGUUGAUUCUGAGAGUGAUGAUAACUGGAAUUGGUUUAUAUCGGAAUUGAGGAAGAUGCUUGGAGUUAACACAGAUAAGAUGCCAGUCUUGACUAUACUUUCUGAGAGAAAAAGCCAAGUGGUUGAAGCGGUUGGAUCUAAUUUUCCCACUGCUUUUCAUGGAUUUUGCUUGAGAUACGUAAGUGAGAAUUUUCGUGAUGAGUUCAAGAAUACUAAACUGCUUAACCUUUUCUGGAGUGCUGUUUAUGCUCUCACACCAUCAGAAUUUGAUGCAAAAGUAAAUGAAAUGAUGCAAGUUCAAGAUAUUAUGCCAUGGUUACAGCGUUUUCCGCCAAACCUGUGGGCAGUUUCUUACUUUCAGGGUAUCAGAUAUGGUCAUUUUAGUCUUGGGAUAACUGAGAUAUUAUAUAACUUGUCCCUUGACUGUCAUGAACUUCCCAUUGUGCAAACCAUUGAGCACAUCAGGCAUCAACUGACUUGCUGGUUUGCUGAACGUCAGAACUUGGCACAGUCAUACAACUCGGUUCUUGUUCCGUCAGCUGAGAAACUUAUUUCAGAAGCUAUCCAUGACUCACAAUGCUAUCAAGUCCUUCGAGCAAACAAGGUGGAGUUUGAGGUUGUGUCAUCGGAGCGAACAAACAUUGUCGACACUCAAGCUAGGUCCUGCUCAUGCCGCCGAUGGCAAAUUUAUGGCAUUCCAUGUGCACAUGCUGCUGCUGCACUGCUUUCAUGUGGUGAAGACCCCCGCCUCUAUGCUCAUGACUGCUUCAGCGUAAUGAAGUACCGGGAAACCUAUUCCCAGCCAAUAUAUCCAAUUCCGGACAGGAGCCACUGGAACAAUUCAUCUCCCGGGUUACAAGGUGUAGUCAGCAAGGCUGAUGUGAUCCUUAGCCCACCCAAUAUCCGGAGGCCUCCUGGUCGACCCAAGAUGAAGAUUCUAAAGAUAGAGAGCAUGAAGCGUCCGAAACGGAUCAUUCAGUGUGGUCGAUGUCAUCUUCUAGGGCAUUCUCAAAAGAAGUGCUCUUUGCGGAUCUGAUGCAUAUCCAUUGAUGUACACUGAACUUUGUUUUAUUGAUAAUUUAGGAAUUUCAUUCAUGCUUGUUCGUAUCAGGUGUAGUUAGUUCUUUUGUGUUAGUACUUCUGUAGUUCUAUAUAGCUCUGCCUCUGAAAUCAUGUCGACGUUGAGCACUCUGUCUAUUGCACUGAAAGUGUCUAUACGCAAACUGCCGUUUCAGAGGAACAACAAUCUGUCACUGUGUUUUUUUAAUGAUUUUUGCAGUUAUGGCUCUA